CAGCAACAUCAUCUCCUCUUCAUCCUUCUUGAGUUAUCACAACUUUCUCGUUCCUCCUCUCGUCUUUAUCUCUUUAGACUGGCCCGAUCGGCAAAUCUCUCUUUCUCUCUCAAGAAAUUCAGGAAUAAGAAAUGGAUGGGUUUCUUCCACUGGGGACUCUGUUGGAUCCUGGGAUGAAAGGAUGUGCUAUUGUUUAGAGCUGUUGAGAGAAUAUAUUAUAUCCAAUUACGUGGUCUGUCUUUGAUCAUAUAUAUUAGUUUAUACACACGAUCAUCAUGAACGUAAACCAUUUGACGGUUGAAACUGAUGAUACUUUUUCAAGUUUACUUGAACUUGCUGCUGACAAUGACACGGAGGGCAUUAAAAGAUGGAUUGACCAUGACCCGUCCAGCAUUGAUGAAAUUGGGCAGUGGUACGGGUGGCAAAAAGGAUCGAAGCAAAUGCUUCUAGAGCAUAGAACUCCUUUGAUGGUUGCUGCAACUUAUGGAAGUAUUGAAGUUCUAACACUGCUCCUUUCUUUGCCCGAAGUUGAUGUGAAUCGGACAUGCGGUCGUGACAAGAGCACUGCCCUUCACUGUGCUGCAUCUGGUGGAUCUCAUAAUGCUUUGGAUGCAAUCAAACUGCUUUUGGAAUCAGGUGCUGACCCGAAGAUGGUAGACGUAAACGGGCAAACCCCAUUUGAUGUCGUUUUUGUCCCACCAACAUUCAGUUCAAUGAAGUUGUCUAUCCAGAACCUUCUAAAUGGCAGGCUACUAUCUGAUUCUUCCUCGGGAAACCGAUCUCCGGACUCAACAACUUCAUCACCAAAGAGUGAUAAUAAUCACAAUCACAAGAAAGAAUACCCGAUUGACCCGUCUCUGCCCGACAUAAAAAACAGCAUAUUUUCAACUGAUGAGUUCAGGAUGUUCUCCUUCAAGAUCCGUCCUUGCUCGCGUGCGUAUUCCCACGAUUGGACCGAAUGCCCGUUUGUCCAUCCGGGCGAAAAUGCGAGACGGAGGGACCCGAGAAAGUACCAUUACAGCUGUGUGCCGUGCCCAGAGUUUCGUAAGGGGGCAUGCCGCAGGGGCGACAUGUGCGAAUACGCUCAUGGAGUUUUUGAGUGUUGGCUUCAUCCUGCUCAGUACCGGACCCGCCUCUGCAAAGACGGUACAACGUGUAACAGAAGAGUUUGCUUCUUUGCACAUGCCCAAGAGGAACUCAGGCCUUUGUAUGUCUCAACCGGGUCGGCCAUGGGUUCUCCAUCCUCACCGUUUACUCCACCCCUUUCUCCUUCCAAUAACAGCCUCUCGAGCAUGGGUUGGGCCCCACAAAAUGUCCCCACUUUGCUUCUCCCAGGAAGCAAUUUCCAGUCCAGUCGAUUGCGCUCCUCUUUUCACGCCAGAGAUAUCCUUGCUGAGGAUUUUAACCGAUCAGGACGUUCAAUAGCCAUGGCACCUUCAAAUCUUGAAGAUCUUUUCUCUGCAGAGUGUUCGUCGUCCCCUAGAUACUCUGCUGAUCAAGCACUAGUAGCUCAGGCCUGUUUUUCUCCUACCCACAAAUCAGCAGUUCGCAAUCAGUUCCAGCAGCAGCAACAGAGCAUCUUAUCUCCAAUAAAUACAAAGUGUUCGCCUGACAACACCUCGCUUUUGCAGUCAUCUUUUGGAGUAGCAUCUUCAAAGGGGAGGAUGUCUCCCCGAAUUGUGGACCCCCUCUCACCAUUGAGUCCCCGUGUCUCGCUACUUGCUCAGCAUGAGAAGCAGCAGCAGUUGAGGAGCCUCAGUUCACGCGAUCUUGGCUCUAGCACUUGGUCAGAAUGGGGUCCACCGUCUGAAGGGAAACCAGACUGGGCCUUCAAAACAGAGGAGUUUGGGGGUAAGCAUAGGAGAUCAUCAUCAUUUGAACUGGCGAACAACAGUGGUGAGGAGCCUGAUCUAUCAUGGGUUCAGUCUCUUGUCAAAGAAUCUCCCCAAGAAUUGAAAGCAAUUGUAGGGCCUGAUGUGACCUCUACUUCAGCUGAGGGAUCUUCGUCGAAUCACCAGAUGGAGCAAUUUGAUCAGUCAACGUUGCAUGCAUGGUUGGAAGAGAUGCAUCUUGAUCAGCUCAUGGCACAGUAAACAUACACACACACACAUACACACAUUUAUUUUAGCCCCUAUUAUUUUUAAUUAAUUGAAGAAAAUUAAUGGGUUACCUUUGAAAGGAAACCCGCUUUAAGGCAUUUUUUUCCUCAAAUAUUUUUAAGUGUAGGUGAGGUUAGAGAUCAUUAUCUCAUUCUUCUGAAAGCAGUUGUCAUUUUUGUGACAUAUAAGAGACAUUCACAUGAAGUCAUUUGGAAGUUGUAAAAUGUUAGUAACCUCUAUGGUUCCCCACAGUUUGGCUGGAAAUAUUUGGCAUCUUGGAUCUCAUCCAUCUGCUUGGUACUAUGUACUCAAUUACUCCCCAUGAUUUUAGCACCACACAUUCAAAAGGGAAAUUGAAUAAUACGGAGUACUCUGUAUAAAAUAAAAGAGGACCCAAUGU